AUGGCUAACAGGACCAAAACUGGUAACUACAUGGAGGCCAACUUCCAAGCCCAUCCACUAGAAACGGGGACAUCCUUUGGAAUCUUGCAACAAGUCGACAACAACACGGCCAUCUUAGCUUCUGACACGUGGAUGAAACGAGUGUGGCAUGAACUUGAGGGUCUGGACGCGACUCCCCAGCCUUAUCACAUCACUGUAUGCACAGUGUCCGACAUUGUCACUGCUGAUGGCGGUUUAUUUGUCGUGCUGCUUGGAAUGGAAUCAGGGAUGAGUGCUGCCGCUGGCCAUACCAAUGGCCAAGGACCGUUCGCCCAAUCCGCCAACACUGGGACCUGUGGCAGACCACUUUAUCCCGAGCCCUGCUUGCCUCCAAUGGGCCACAUUACCCACUAUGACAUCCAUUUGGUCACUGGACUGAUCCUCUGGAGGACUGGAAUUGGUUGCUGUCACCCAAUACAGGCCUCUUCCACCGCCUUGGGGCAACCUGGAGACAUUUUUCUCCUGGGGGUUCUUCCACCACGUCACGUUGCUUUGCACCAUUGCCUUCACCUUCCUCCAAUCCGUGGUACUGGUCGUCCUUUGGAAAUGGCCCCUACCACCAGCCCAUCCAUCCUUCAAGCCUGGCAAACGGCUGCAGAGCUUUGCACGGACUACUAUGGGUGGGUUCCAGACAAGAUUGAGAUUCACGACGACAAAGCUACCUUAGUUGCUGCCCUGUUGGAAGGUCACCUUCGAGUGAUCAGCAAUGGGUCCUUCAAGAAUAAGUUAGGGACCGCAGCUCUUCAACUCCUGGUGAAGCAUGGAGGGUCAGACCGGAUCACCAUCCGUUGUCAGACCCUGGGUUUGCCCCAGGAUCAGAGCCCAUACCGCAGUGAAGUCAUUGGUCUGAUGGCCAGUAUCAUGGCAAUUUAUUGGCUCCUACAGCAAUGGGCCCCAAAUCUUUUGACAUGCCCCAGGGCGCGGAUUGCUUGUGACGGCCUCUCUGCCAUUGAGAUGACGUUUGAAGACCGCCUACUUUCUCCAACUGACGCUCAGUUUGACUUGGUGUCAUCCAUUCCGGAAGCUAUCCUCCGGUCCUCUGUUGGGAAGCUAUCCUCUGGUCCUCUGUUGAUUGGUUGCCCCAGCAUGUGUAUGGCCAUCUCCAAAAGUCUAAUCUAUUUGACAAAUUGUCUUGGUGGGAGAAAAGGAAUCUUGAAGUCGAUGGAAUGGCGCUUUACAUGGCAGACACCAAACAGUCACGUCUUGAUCCUCAGUUUUAUCCAAGAGUGCAUAACCCUUCCUGCCCUUUGCUUGCGCUGGAGGGACAAUGGUACUAUUUCCGCCGAAGCCAAGUCUGAGAUUGCCUGGGACACACUGGGUCGCGCCAUGCAAUCACUUCCUGCAGGACUACAAAGGCGCCUCUGA